AACAAAUACCAUAUGCUUAAACGUCAAAAAAAAAAUUAAUUGAGUAUCAGGUAUCUGGAGUUUGGUGCUUAUCUAAAGCAUAAAGAAAACAUUUACCAUGGCUUUGACCGAAGUAGAGAAACGAGCCGACAAAAAGGAAAAACCGCUCACAAAAGUAAUUGUGCGACGUUUACCUCCAACUAUGACCAAAGAGCAAUUUGUAAAUCAAGUUUCGCCACUCCCCGACUACAAUUACAUGUACCAUGUAAAAGGGGACAUGAGCUUAGGUGAAAAUGCCUUUUCCAGGGCAUAUAUUAACUUCGUUUGCCCUGAAGAUGUUUAUACCUUCAAAGAGAAGUUUGACAAUUAUGUGUUUGUGGAUACAAGAGGUCAUGAAUACACAGCGGUAGUUGAAUUUGCUCCCUUUCAAAAGGUUCCUAAAAGAAGGGGCAAAGGUAGGAUGGAUCCUAAAUGCAACACAAUUGAAAGUGACACAUAUUAUAUGGAGUUUGUGGAGAAUCUUAAUAAGCCAUUGGAGCAAAAUGCUAAGCCAGAAUACAGUUUACAGCUAGGAGGAGCAGGUGACAAUAAGAAAAAAGAUGUUACCACCCCACUUUUGGAGUUCAUUAAAAAUAAGAGGGCUCAAAAACUGAAGAUUCGUGAAGUCAGACGGGAGGAGAGGGAGAGGAGGAAAAAAGAAUAUGAAAGAAGGAAGGAGCAGGGGAAAUAUGAAGGUAAAUACAGUUACGAGGACAAAAAGUAUGAUGAGAAAUCCCCCAUUAAAACUUAUGGAAAAAAGACAUUGUCGAAAUCGUUCAAAAAUGAUAGCCCUAAGGAGCAGGCCAUAAAAGAAGAUAAUUCUGAGGAGAAACUUGUAAAAUCUCCCAAAGAAAAGGCAGAUGAGAAAGUAAGCGAAAAACAGCCACAUGAAACUAAAAUAAUAAAAGAAAAAAAGUAUGAGGAGAAAAAGGAAAGGAAAGAAAUCAAACUGAGAUUUCCCAAAAAAGAUUACAGUUCAGAAUUUAGAGGAGCUGAAAGUUACUCCUCCAGAGAAAACAGGUCUAGGCAGUACGAUGAUCAUAAAAAAGAGGACACCAAAAUAAAGAAGGUGAAAAAGUACAGUGAAAAAAGAGAAGAAAGAAAAUUGGAAGCACAAAAAAAAUUAGAACAAGCUAAGGAAAAAGACCAACCAAACGAAGGGGAGAAGGAGUCUUUUGAAGUAGAGAAGUCUGUUGCCAAACCUAAAGAGAGUGUGGGCGGAGAAGAAAAAAAGGAGUCUCAGAAGCAAGAACAUGAAUCAAAGAAGAAAGACAUUAAUGAUGAUAAGUCUGAAGGAUCUAAAAGGAUGAGGAACAAGGAUCGACCGACCAUCCCAAUUUAUAGACCAGGGAUGCUCUCAAGGAAAAAAACUAGCGAUAGAGAUGAAAGUCCAAAAAAGGAAGAGAAGGAUAAAAGUGAGGACAAGAAGUAGUAGUACUUUUUAAAAAUUAGUCCGUAAUUGUUAAAAUUUGUAUUAUUUAUAUACUCUUGGAACUGAAUCAUUAUAUAAAUAAAACAUUCCAAUGGCUUAAAUAAUGUUUAUUACAUAUAUCUAUUGGACUCUA